AUGCCUGUAUCACCGUCGAGCUCUACACAUUCCAUCCCCAUUAAUGCAGAUGCAAGAUCGGCUGCAUCGUCACCGACGACAACCAUGACAUCAACGCUGAGUGAGGCAGACGAGAACAACUACCAGUACAAUAACAACAACUCGCUAGACGAUAUUUUCGGCUCGUCGCCGGAUGAUCAUGAUCKCGGACAUGUCCUCGAAAGGCAUCAUAAUUACAAUAUUCCGCCAUCCACGCAGGCAUCGGCAGAACCUUCCGAUCUCCCCUCCCUUCGCCGUCAACACGUUACGGCCGGGUACAGGGAUGGAAUCGCUAUGUCUAAAUCAGAGCAUGUUCAACGAGGGUUUGACGCAGGAUACCCCAUCGGUGCACAAUUUGGGUUGCGAGUGGGUACGAUACUGGGUAUUCUCGAAGGACUCGUGGGUGGAUUGAAAUCGACGUCGUCGAAGGCAGGACCUGUGAAGAAGCGUUCUGUCGGUAAUAAGCAGGCCGAGGAAGAUCAUAACGAGGGUGAAACAAAAGUAAGGAUAAAUAAUAUUGAGAAGAUGAAGGAAUUGUAUGAACAUGCUCUGAAAGAUCUGGAUGUUGAGGCAAUGUUCAGUGGAUUGAAAGCAGAAGACACCGACGGAGCAGACAAGGAGACUGCAGAGGAGUUCAGUGAAGAAUCGAAACCGGAGAAUAGGUUACGCGAGAAAGCCGAACCUGUUGUUGCCGAAUGGGAGAAGUUAAUGAAUGUGACGAAAUGGGAGGAAAGUAUGGAAGAAGUUGAGAGCAUGGAGGAUAUGAUUGUCGAAGAGAGGUGA